UUAAUUUUAGCAAACAUUCUUGUAUCUCUUAUAUAUUCAUUAAUUGCAUACAAUAAUAAUGUAAUCAGGUGAUCGUAUUUCAUCAUUAAUUAUCUUCCAUGAAUUUGUUUCAGACAAUAAUGUUGUACCAUAGAUAGAGAGAUGGUGGACUUAACAAUUCUACUACUGGCGGCAUUCGCGCUAACUUCCAUGGGCAUCCUUCUCGACCUAGGAGCGCCAAUCAACGAUAAGGAUAAAGCCGGAAUCACUGCACUAAAUCAUUCAUUAGAGAGAGGAUAUGUUGCCGUAGUAACAUUACUGUGUGAUCGUGGAGCAGAUAUAACAGCUAAGUCAAAUGUUGGCUGUACAUCACUAAUGGAAGCAUCUAAGAGUGGCCAUUUUGAAAUGGUGAAGCUUCUUCUUGACCGAGGAGCACCUAUUGACGAUAACGCCGGAGUUACUGCACUGAAAUAUGCCGCAAGAAAAGGACAUGUUGACGUAGUGAGAUUACUCCUAGAUCGUGGAGCGGAUCCAAGAGCUAAGACAUAUGGUGGCUGGACACCACUAAUGGAAGCAUCUCAUAAUGGCCACUUUGAUGUUGUAAAGCUUCUACUUGAUCGAGGAGCGCCUGUCAACGAUGAAAAUAAUAAGGGAUUGACUGCACUAAAUCAUGCAGUACACAAAGGGCAUGUUGAUGUUGUGAGAUUACUCUUAGAUCGUGGAGCGAAUCCAAUAGCUAAGUCAAGCGUUGGCUGGACUCCAAUAACAGAAGCAUCUUUCAAUGGUUACUUAGAUGUGGUGGAAGUCCUUCUUGACCGAGGAGCUCCUAUUAAUUAUAAGAGUUAUAGCGGAUUAACUGCACUAAUUCAUGCAGCACGACAAGGACAUGUCGAUAUUGUGAGGUUACUGUUAGAUCGUGGUGCAGAUCCAACAGCUAAGUCAAAUUUUGGCUGGACACCAAUAAUGGAAGCCUCUUUUAAUGGUCAUUUAGAUGUGGUGAAACUUCUUCUGGACCGAGGAGUGCCUAUCAACGAUAAGAGUAACAAGGGAUUUACUGCACUGUAUUUCGCAGAGAAAACCAGACGUGCUGACGUAGUUACUUAUCUUAAAUCACAUGGAGGGGUUUAGUAACAUUAGUAACAUGAUUGUCUGUUAACACAUAAAAAAAAAAAAGUUUGAAGAAAUUAUUUAUAAACGCUUUAAUAAAUUGUUUUAAUGUUUAUUUGUGAUUGAAAUGAGAUAUUUUUUCUCUAUUAUAAUAUUGCACUGUAUACAAGAUUAUGUAAAUAAAUAAAAAUUAGUUGAAGGUAAGAAGUUUAUGUUAAGGAGCUACGGGUACUCUUCACCAUAUUCAUCUAAAAAAUGUUUUUAAUUACACAUUAAAUUAAAAUAUGUAUAAAUAUACAUAUAUAUAAUCAUACAAUACAUUACAAAAGUUAAGUUAUAUAUUAAAUUAAUAAUUGUGGGUAAAUGGUUGACUGUCGUGAAUAUUGAAGAGAAGAAUAGUUGGGGUGAUCAGUCAAAUAAGAAGGCAAAAAUAAAUGAUAAUAUUUAUUUUAACAAGUUGAUUCUCCGUUUUUACACCUUUGGAGACAGCCCUGACGAAGGCCUGAACUUCAGGUCGAAACGUUGCCAAAAUAAAUAUUAUAAUUUAUUUUUGUCUUCGUAUUUGACUGAUCACCCCAACUAUUCUUCUCUUCAUUAUAUUUUUUUUUUAUUUAUAUUUGUUUAUUUAGAAAUAUUACAUUCUGUCACAUCAAGGACAAUAUAUUAUAUAUUAUAUAAUUUGUUGAUUAUAUUAUAUUAAAUAUUAUAUAUUAAAUUUGUUGAUUGUCACUACAGGAAUCCGCCAAUAUUUCCACAUACGUUAAGAGUGUUUGUUCAAUCCGCGUUAUGGACUUCGUUCUUUCUAUAAGUUUUUAUAAAAAUUGUUAAAAUUUAAAUUUAAAUUGGGCUUUUUCAUCUGAAUGUUGAAAAAUAAAAUCACAAACUAUGGUAUAAUAGGUAUUAUAAUUCAGUGUUUUUUAACUAACCAAAAUUUACGUAUAAUAUCACUUACUAUCUGAGGAGAGAGGACGCCUGUUUUGCUUUACUUUCCAGUUUACAGUCUUACUCUAAGCUUUGAAAUGUGUAAUACCAUCAGAACUCCCACCCCCAAAAUGAACCACAAUCUCCUCCACUGUUAAAAUUAAAGAAAACGGAUUUUUUUAUUAUUUUAUAUAUAUAUAUAUAUAUAUA